AUGACUGGCAGGUACUCUUUACGCCAGACUCCGAGGAAAAAGGAGCUCUUCGAGGGCAUGAUCGAGACGCCCAUUCGUCGCACAACCCGUCGCAAGAGCCCUCUCACAACCGAGUCUGACGCCGAGUCUACCUCUACCUCUACUGUCGAAACUUCCGCCGCCGCCGCCGCCGCUGCCGCUAUGGAGUCCAAGCCCAAGUCGGUGCGCAAGCGCGCCGCCCCUAAGUUUGUCGAGCACAUCGAGGAGCCCACUCCUCCCGCGACUCCUGUCGAGGAGGCCAAGCCCGUGCUCAAGUCUGAGGAUGAGAAGAAGCCCGCCAAGGCCGAGGAGAGGACCAUCGACGGCUGGAAGCCGGGCAUGGACCCCAAGAUCGACUACUCGGGCCGCUACGAGUUUGGUGGGCCCUUCGGUGUUACCCUCAUGAUGAUCGGCUUCCCGUUGCUCAUGUGGUACAUGUGGGUGGGCGCCAUCUACUAUGAUGGCCGCUUCCCGACCCGCGAGCCUGGCCAGAGCUGGGAGGAGUUUGCUAAGCACCUUUUCAACUGCGUCUACACCGGCGCGUUCCCUCACCGCCGUGCUUGGAUCAUCUAUUGGACUUUCCUCAUCGUUCAGGGCGCUUUCUACUGCCUGAUGCCCGGUGUCUAUGCCUACGGUAAGGCCCUACCGCAUCUGGGUGGCAAGCAGCUCAAGUACUACUGCUCGGCCUACUGCUCCUUCUAUGCUAGCAUCGCUCUCGCGGGUGUCCUGCACUUCACCGGCUAUUUCCCGCUAUACACCAUCCUCGAUGAGUUCGGCCCUCUGCUGAGCGUCUCCAUCAUCUCGGGCUUCCUGGUCUCCAUUGUCGCCUACAUCUCAGCCUUCGUCCGCGGCGCCCAGCACCGCAUGACGGGUAACCAUAUCUACGACUUCUUCAUGGGCGCCGAGCUCAACCCGCGCAUGUUCGGCAUCCUCGACUUCAAGAUGUUCUUCGAGGUCCGCAUCCCGUGGUACAUGCUCUUCUUCAUCUCCCUGGCCGCUGCCGCGCGCCAGUGGGAUCGCUACGGUUACGUCUCGGGCGAGGUCGGCUUCCUCGUGCUGGCGCACUACCUCUACGCGAAUGCGACCUCCAAGGGUGAGGAGCUGAUCGUCACCUCCUGGGACAUGUUCUACGAGAAGUGGGGCUUCAUGCUGAUCUUCUGGAACCUGAGCGGUGUCCCGCUCAGCUACUGCCACUGCACCAUCUACCUGGCGAACCACCACCCGUCCGAGUACCGCUGGAGCCCCUACUUCCUGGUCCCGCUCUACAUCAGCUACCUCUUUGUCUACUGGAUUUGGGACUCGGCCAACAGCCAGAAGAACCGCUUCCGUGCCAUCGAGCGCGGCACCCUCAUCCUGCGCAAUACCUUCCCUCAGGUCCCGUGGCAGACGGUGCAUAACCCGAAGGUUAUUGAAACCGGGCUCGGUGAGAAGAUCCUCUGCGAUGGCUGGUACGGAUUGGCGCGCAAGAUUCAUUACACUUGUGAUGUGUACUUUGCGACGACCUGGGGUCUGAUCACUGGCUUCAAGAGCCCCUUCCCGUGGUUCUAUCCUGUGUUCUUCUGCGUCAUGAUUGCCCAUCGCGCGUGGCGUGAUAUUACACGCUGCAGGGAGAAGUAUGGUGAGGCGUGGAAGGAGUAUGAGAGGCGAGUGCCGUAUCUGUUCAUUCCGUACGUCUUCUAA